AUGGAAUCUAGAGAACCAAACAAGAGGGCCGAGUUCGGUCUAACACCUCAGCAAGAUCAGCUCCUGGCCCUGACAACACUCAUCUCCACGAUAUCGCUCGCGACACUGGACAUCAAAGCCGGCGGACAAAUGCUAGGUGCUAGCAAUUCUGCACUCGCGAACGCACUGCCUCCUCGUGUAGACGUCUCGCUACCCAAGACACCAGCCUUGGUUGAAGGUAUCUCACGCUCUUACCUUCGAGGAGCUACGGCAUGUGCAUUCUUUUACCUUGCAUACAAGGACUAUCGGACUACACAGCUUCGCCAGCAGAGUUCAGAAGAUGAGGAUGCCUCGUCUUGGAGAUGGAAGGCAUGGGCUGCUUGUGGUGCUGCAGGUGUGCUGGCGCAAAGCCUUGGUCCGAUGCCUGGCGGUGCAUGGGAAAGGCUUCAUAAGCCUGAUAGCAGUGUCAAAGGGCAAGCUCAGAGACUGGGGAUGCUGACUAUGGUGAAAGGAGGGAUUUUGAUGGCUACAGUGCCGUUCUGCUUAAGCGCUUGGAGGUCUCUAUGA